GCGGGUAAACAGACAUGGCCGACGAGGGAGAGCCUCAGGACGCUGCGCACAACAUGGGCAACCACCUGCCACUGCUGCCUGCAGAGAGUGAAGAAGAAGAAGAUAUUGAAAUGGAAGUUGAGGACCAGGAUAGCAAAGAAGCCAGAAAACCAAACAUCAUAAAUUUUGACACCAGUCUGCCAACCUCACAUACAUAUCUGGGAGCUGAUAUGGAAGAGUUUCAUGGCAGAACUUUGCAUGAUGACGACAGCUGUCAGGUGAUUCCAGUUCUGCCCCAAGUGAUGAUGAUCCUGAUUCCCGGGCAGACAUUACCACUGCAGCUUUCUCACCCUCAAGAAGUCAGUAUGGUGCGGAAUUUAAUUCAGAAAGACAGAACCUUUGCAGUCCUUGCAUACAGUAAUGUACAAGAAAGGGAAGCACAGUUUGGAACCACAGCAGAAAUAUAUGCCUAUCGAGAAGAACAAGAGUUUGGAAUCGAAGUAGUGAAAGUGAAAGCAGUUGGGCGGCAGAGGUUCAAAGUCCUUGAGCUGCGAACACAGUCAGAUGGAAUCCAGCAAGCUAAAGUCCAGAUUCUUCCAGAGUGUGUGCUGCCAUCGACCAUGUCUGCAGUUCAGCUGGAAUCACUCAAUAAGUGCCAGAUGUUUCCUUCAAAACCUGUCUCUUGGGAAGACCAAUAUUCAUGUAAAUGGUGGCAGAAAUACCAGAAGAGAAAAUUUCACUGUGCAAAUCUGACUUCAUGGCCUCGCUGGUUGUAUUCAUUAUAUGAUGCUGAAACCUUAAUGGAUAGAAUUAAGAAACAGCUACGUGAAUGGGAUGAAAAUCUGAAAGAUGAUUCUCUUCCUUCAAAUCCAAUAGAUUUUUCUUACAGAGUAGCUGCUUGUCUUCCUAUUGAUGAUGUAUUAAGAAUUCAGCUCCUUAAAAUUGGUAGUGCUAUCCAGCGACUUCGCUGUGAACUAGACAUCAUGAAUAAAUGUACUUCCCUUUGCUGUAAACAAUGUCAAGAAACAGAAAUAACAACCAAGAAUGAAAUAUUUAGUCUGUCUUUAUGUGGUCCCAUGGCAGCCUAUGUGAAUCCUCAUGGAUAUGUACAUGAGACACUGACUGUGUACAAAGCUUCCAACUUGAAUCUGAUAGGCCGGCCUUCUACAGUGCACAGCUGGUUUCCUGGGUAUGCCUGGACCAUUGCCCAGUGUAAGAUCUGUGCAAGCCACAUUGGAUGGAAAUUCACAGCUACCAAAAAGGACAUGUCACCUCAAAAAUUUUGGGGUUUAACUAGAUCUGCUUUGUUACCCACAAUUCCAGAAACUGAAGAUGACAUAAGUCCAGACAAAGUAAUACUUUGUUUGUAAAUGUGUCUGUAGGGGUAAAGUUAUCUAAAAAAGGAUGAUUCAAAUCAGAUCUGCCCUGGACUUUACUGCCUCUGAUAUAGAAGUAAACAGCAACUUUGUGUAUGGGUUACAGUAUUUGACUAUCACAUUCAAGAGUACACUCUGAGAGGCAUAAAAAAGCAGCAUAGUACAGAAGGUUCGCUCAGAAAUCUAUUUUAGUAGCUUGGUGCCAUUAUUUAUCCAGUGGGGCAUAUGUCAUCUACAGGGUAGAAAGCCCCUUUGAAAUGAUGGGGGCAGCUAUGAGCAGGGGAGUGGAGUGCUAUUCUAAACGAUGGGAGUUCCCUAAGCGCAAGGCAGUGUAUAUUAUUUCAAAAGGACGUCGUUCCUUUUGACUUUCUUUAGCUUGUCUGAGAUACUGACUUGUAAAUAAUGAAAAUAUUAAAAAGUAAAAUAAGCAGUUUGAGCUGAAAAAAAUA